AUGGCUCAAGAAGUUCCUACUUUCAAAUUAGUUCUUGUUGGUGAUGGUGGUACUGGUAAAACCACAUUUGUCAAGAGACAUUUAACUGGUGAGUUUGAAAAGAAAUAUAUUGCCACCUUGGGUGUUGAGGUCCAUCCUUUAGGUUUCCACACCAACUUUGGUGAGUUAAAGUUUGAUGUCUGGGACACUGCCGGUCAAGAGAAGUUUGGUGGUUUGAGAGAUGGUUACUACAUCAAUGGUCAAUGUGCCAUCAUUAUGUUUGAUGUUACUUCCAAAAUCACUUAUAAAAACGUUCCAAACUGGCACAGAGACUUGGUAAGAGUUUGUGAAAACAUUCCAAUCGUAUUAUGUGGUAACAAGGUUGAUGUCAAGGAACGUAAAGUUAAAGCCAAGACCAUCACUUUCCACAGAAAGAAAAACUUGCAGUACUAUGACAUCUCAGCCAAGUCAAACUAUAACUUUGAAAAACCAUUCUUGUGGUUGGCCAGAAAGUUGGUUGGUAACCCUCAGUUGGAGUUUGUUGCUUCUCCAGCCUUGGCUCCUCCUGAAGUCCAAGUUGAUUCUGACUUGAUGCAAAAGUACCAACAAGAAAUGGAACAAGCUACUGCUUUGCCAUUGCCUGAUGAGGAUGAUGCUGACUUGUAA